UACAAGGGCCCAUCUUUGGUCCCAAAAGACUUGAACCCAAAAAUUGGUAUGACGGUUUAUCGCAUCCGCGGGAAUAGAUAAAUGUCAAAUUUCUGAAGAUAAUCACAAGGAAGAAGGAAAUAUGGAAAAGCCCGCUUCAUGACAAAUCCGGCCCGAGAAGAGGUAAACCGACCUAAGGAGGAGUAUAUAAGGAGGACCUAGGACGAAGAGCAUGAGAGAGCACAUCAAAGCAACUUAGCACUUAGAGCAAUUUAGGCAUCUUUUUCUGUUUUUACUAAUCGAGCUGCGACUCAACUAGUUUAGAUUUAGGUCGCUAGACUAGCGAACAUACCGACAACUCUUGUAGCCUAGGUCUUUACUUGUUGUUCACGCUCAAACGUGAAUUUGAAAAUAAGAUCCUCUUAUUCUCUUUUUCUGCUUAUUUUCAUUUUAUUCUUUCAUAUUGAUCGUGUCGUGUGUGGCCCAGCAGAUAACCGGGACCUUCAGGGAAGGCUAGGUUAACUUGGCUUUCCUCCGAUUAACAAAACUCGACGGUGUGAAUUUCGGUUCCCACAUCGUGCCGACCAGUUGGCCAAGCAUCGAUCGACAAGGUUGCUCCUACAUCGUUCGAUAGUGUAACACCAAUGUCGCUCGACAAGGCACCUUCACCAUCGAUCGACAGACAUUAUGAAUUUGGACAUCGCGCUUAUGACAUCUAUGGAGCCAGAAAGUUCAGAUGGGAACAGAAGGACGAAUAUGGUGUCUACAGAGAUGAGUCUGGAUAUGCAAGGAGCGUAGCUGGUGAGAUGAUCCCUGUUACCAAGGACAACAUCAGAAAAAUUCUGGAGAGAGCAUCCCUAUUUGAAGAGAAUCACUUAUGUCUUCCAGAACAUGCCACUUCUUUCACACCUACAAAACUGGCACCAGAUAUCUACACCAAUGAUGAGAUUAAUGAGAUGGUGACUGGUAUUUGUGGAGCUCAGGAAAAUCUAGGAAAUGAACUCAAGACAUUGGUAGAUGACACUUAUCAGCCUUUGGACAGAGGUUACAAUGAGCUUUUCAGAAGUAUGGCAGAUAUGAGGACAGAGAUUGAGAGUAUGCAGCACAACCUUGAGAAAGAAGCUACGACAUCACCAUCGAUCAACGCCAACACAGUAACAUCGAUCGACGUCAAGCCACAUACAUCCCAGAUUCCUACAGAACCGAAAAGUUUGGCAGAGAAGAAGGAUGAAUGGGAGAUCGCAUACAUCAACACGGGGAUUAACGACGUAUACAACCCUCUCAAAAACAAUGUGGACUGGUUAAGCACGAGAAUUGAUCUGCUACAGCAAGAUUUGGACACCAUUCGCAAGAAGGAUCCACAACCAGCCACAUCGAUCGAUAUCUGCACCAUCACAUCGAUCGACAGCAAGUUUGCAGCCAUGGAAGAUAGGUUACAAACCUACGAGGAUAUGCACGACCGUUUCACCUCACCUAUCAUGCGAUACUUGGACACCUUGUCUACACAGAUGAUGAAUGUCCAGAGGGACAUUGGCAAGCUUAACGAUCAACAUGAUUUUCAGAAGUUGAUCAGAUCACAUCAAAGCUUUACGCAGCUCUAGACACCAUGGAGUAAUGACUUGAGAAGCGGUGUGAUGACAUCUACUUUCCAUUCGACGUCAGACUCGGUGCACUGGAUAGCCAAGCAGAGUGGUUACAGAAGGAAGUCAAAGCCAUUCAGAGGCAACUCGCAUCUCAACACCAGAUAUCAGCAUCAAUCACCAGAAAAUGCUCCAAAUCGAUCGACAGUAAGGCACCAGCAUCGACCGAUAAACACUUGGUCGCAUCGAUCGAUACCACGUCUACACCAGACGACGAGAAGCUGAUACAAAAAAAAAUGGAGUCAAUGCAUGAGGAACUGAACGAGCUAUCAGUAUACGCCUACGACAAGAUAGGAUGGCAUCAGUUCAGCAUUGAAAACAUCCUAGAAAGGCUACAGAACAUCUCAAAUGCAAUACAGAAGAUGGAUGAGAGAUGGACAAGCACUACAGGAAAUGUGGGUAUUAAUAGCGUCGUAGCAUAGCGUUUUUUGCUUCUCUACUAUUGUAUAUAAACACGGGCCUUUAUGAUAGCGUUUUUGAAAUGUAUAAGCUAUCUUUGUAGUCACGGGAAAAUAAAAUAAUUCAGCCGCGUUAAUUUGGUAAGUGGAGGCGCCUUACCAUUGCAAAUCAAAAACUAAAUGCUAUCGUAUAUGAAAAAAUAUAUUAAAAAUAACUUAAGUAUUAAUCGAAACCGAGACUUCAUUCUCUUCACUUCACUCUCUUCACAUUCCUCAAAAUCAAAACCGACUCAUCGAAGUUCUUCAGAGUUCUCUCGAGUCGAAGCUUCAAUUGGUAUGAGUUUCGAUUUGAUUCUGAGUUUAGAAUAGAGACUGGUUCUCUCGAGUCGAAUCUCUUUGAUUUUGGGUUUCUCUUUGAUUCAAAUCUCUUUUCACAUGCAUGUCCGCGUUAACACAUGAUUCGAUUUUGAUUGUGGGUUUCGAUUAGGUUUUGAAUAUGAUUGUGGGUUUCGAUUAGGUUUUGAAUAUGAUUGUGGGUUUCAGUUUGAUUUUGAAUAUGAUUGAAGGUUUCGAUUUGAUUUUGGGUUUAGAUUUUUUGAUCGAAUGGCUUGAUUUGAUUUUGGAUUUGUUUAUCAGUUUCAGAAAUGGCAAAGACAAGAGGACAAGUUGGUUCUCGUCGGAGUAAACGUAAUCAAGGCUUGGAGGUAGUAGAUCAAGAGGACAAGGCACCGCAACUAAAAGUGAAGAAAAGAACAGCAAAGAAAACGGCUUCCCCUAAAAAGAAUUUAGUUUUAACGCCAACGAGAAGAAGUAGUAGAAUCAAGAAAGUGGCUGCUGAAGAUGAUUACAUAGAAGAUGUAACACCAUCUGACGAUGAUGAGGUAGAAGAUGUUACACCUCCUAAGGAUGAUGAAGUACAAGAUGUAACACCUGCUCAGGAUGAUGAAGUAGAAGAUGUAACACCCGAAGAUAAGGAUGAUCAGGCUGAGAAGUCAAUGUCUGAAGAAGAUAAAGACGAUGAAGAGGAUGUCAAUGGGAAAGAGGAUGAAGAAGAUGGCGAUGUCAAUGGGAAAGAGAAUGAAGAAGAUGGAGAUCUCAAUGGGAAAGAGAAUGAAGAAGAACCGGCCAAUAUGGAAGAUGAUGGAGUUCUUAAUGAGAAAGGGAACGAAGAGGAAGCUUGCGAAGAAGAAGCUCGCGAUAUGGAAGAAGAUGGCACUGCGCAAGAUGAUGAGAUUCCUAGUACUGAAGGAGUUGAGCUAGCAGGGGAGGAAGUUUCAAAAAAAAAAAAAAGGACCUACAAAGUUGCGUAGAGUGGCUGAAAAUCCCAAUGAUAAGAUUAUGGUCACAUUCAAUGACAUUGGUGAGCAUGUUGGACCUGGUUCAGUAACCCUAUCGUCGUUUCUUGGUCCUCUUGUGAGGGAACAUGUUCCGGUUACACUUGCCGAUUGGAGAAAACUUGAUGCAGCGACUAAAGCAACAAUGUGGGAAGAAAUUCAGGUUUGUAUAUAUAUUAGUAUGUUUUGUUUAACCGCAAGAUGAAAUUAUAAACAUGUUUAACUUGAUUAUUGUGAUGCAGGGGAGGUUUAACUUGCAAGAAGAGUGGCAGAAAGCUGUUAUUUUCAAGCAGCUGGGAAAUGUGUGGAGGGCUGGGAAGUCAAGGCUGGUGUCACAAGUACGUGUGGCGAAGACUGCAGCUGAGAGAAUAGCUUUAAAACCGAGCAACAUCCCAUCCCUUCAACUGUGGAACACUUGGGUUAAGAGUAAGACUACCAAAUCUUUCACAGAAACGAGUAACAAGUACAGAGCGAUGAGAAGAAAUCAGAUUCCUCACACCACCAGCCGCAAAGGAAUGCUUCGUUUAGCUGAUGAUAUGGUAAAAGAGUAGUCAAACAUCUACAUAUUGUAGAUCAGCUUGUUAGAUUAAAAUGGUAGUGAGAUAUGUUUGUUUUCAUAUAGAAAAAAAAGAGUAAAGACCCAAGUAAGGUGAGUAGAUCCAAGGUUUGGAUUGCGGGACACACUCAUGCUGAUGGCAGACCUGUGAAGCCCCAGUUUGCUGAGACUAUUGUAAGCAUUAUGGAAGUUGUAUAUUGUGUAUAGUUAAUAGACUAUGGCAAUGAAUGAUUUUGUGUUUAAAUGAUUGUAUCAGGAACAAAUACAGUCACUUGACAGUCGGAUGGACUCCACAUCAGCUGCUGAUAACAUAAGGGAAGAUGCUGUGAGCAAGGUUUUGGUAGAGGGAUUACAGCUAAUAAGCUAGCAUAUCUGCAAUUUAGAGACGCUAAGAUUGCAGAAAUGAAAAGUGAGAUUGAAGAGUUAAAGGGGAUGGUGCGAGAAUUAGCUGAGAAGAAGAAAAGUAAUGUUGAUGCUGAAACAUCUGAGAGUAGUGGUGGAUUCAAAGAAGGAGUCAGAGUACAAAUACUGGAUUGGAUUGAAUCAGAGGAUGUUGUUGUUGGUGAAGGAGAAUUCUGCUCUGCUGAACCGAAGUACAAAAUUGGUCGUAUACCAAUUGGUCCUAAUGCAGUGGCUAUCGUAGUUAAGUAUGCACUAAGCGCAUCAGCUUCACUCUGGAGGCCUACUACGGAUGUGUUAACUCUUGAUGAAGCUGUGGGAUACAAGAUAUCUUGGCCAAUGGAUAAAGUGAUUUUGGAUAAGGAUCCAAACUGUUCUGAAGAUUUAUCUAUGCAAAGCAAGGAAGGUGAAUAUCGAAGAUGCAAGAUAUAUGAUUGGACCAAUGAUGAGGACGAGGUCAUUGCUGAAGGUCUCGUGUGCUCUUCAAAAUCCAAAGACAUGGUUAACAACAUACCUCUGGGUCCCAAUGCUGUUAGUGUCGAAGUAGUGAAGGUGUUCAAUGAUCAAGCAUAUUUGUGGAGGCCAACCGCUGAUAUGUUCUUGAUUGGUGAUGCACUUAGCGAGAAAAUAGCAUGGCCAGUCCUAAAGGUUGAAGUCAUGCCUACACCUGCUACAGAAGUAACACCAACUAAAUGUGCAGGGAAGAAAAUAGCAUCACCUUCGAAGCCAGCCAAGAAAAAAGCAGUGAGUCCAGGCAGCACUAGUUCGACCAGAAGUCCGAAGCAGAAGUGCACUCUCUUGGAUUGCAACAACUCUGGACGUAAGGUAGCUGAAGGAAGGGUAGCUUCAACGGAUCCGAAUGAGUUGUGCCACUUUGUACCCCUAGGUCCAAAUGCAAGCAAGGUGUGGAUUGAUGUGGCUAAGAUCGGUGAUGCAAAAGUCUGGAGGCCAAAUUCAGAGAUUGAAUACAUAUCUGAUGCAAUGGGUUCGGUUGUGGCAUGGCCAAAUGACAAAAUCAAGUUUGUCUAAAAUUGUCGUCUGAAACAUUUUUCAAGUUGGUUCUCAUCGGCUAUGUAUUUCUAGUGUGUGAUCGAAUGUUUAGGUACUUUUUUACUCGGUUGAAAUCAUGUAUGAUAUUAUGUAACAGUUAGCAGACAAAAAAACAAAAAUUAUGUGUUAUAUUAUGAUAUAAGGUUAUGUGUGAAAAUGUUUAGCUUGUACAAACCUAUACCCUAUACCCUAAUUGUACUUGAUUUCACAAUUAAAAUCCUAUACCCUAAAGUGAAAUCCCUAAACCCUAAAGUACAAACCUAUACCCUAUACCCUAAUUGUACUUGAUUUCACAAUUUUGUUCAUUCUUAAAAGGAUAUUGUAAUCUUAAUUUCACAAAACUGAUUAGUUAUAAAUUUUAUAAACACUCAUUUGUUCAAACCCUAUACCCUAAAGCCUUUGUACAUACAAAUAAGUAGUAGUGUUUAUGAACAUAUGAGCUAGAUUGAUCAAUCUUAUAAAAGCUCACAUAAAAAAUUUAUAUUCAUACAAUUUUUUUUUUGUAAAAUUGGAAAACUGAAUAUUUGAUUUUUAAGAUUUAAUUUAAUUUUUUUUUGCUUCAAAAUCAUAUUUAUAUAUUAAUUUCCAGAUUUCAAACGAAAUUAAUACCUUGAGCCAAUAAGGAGUAACCUCCAAGAUUGCAGACGUGGCAAACCAUAUGCCGAUGGAUGUGUCUUCCCAACUUCAAUCUUAGCCAUUCUUUUUAUUUUUUGAGCCAAUGAGGAGCAACUACUAAGAUUGCACUCGGAUUAAUCAUAGACCGUCCGAUUUCUCUCCAAAUCUUUGAUCACAACCGUUCAUUUUUUUCUGUCUCUGUUUGCACUCGGAAAAUUUCAGAACACAACAUCUCUCUUUCUGUCGAAACUCCUUUCUGUCUCGCGAUCUAAAAUCAAAAAAACCCUAAAGAAAGCACAUGUAUCUCUCGAGCUAAAAUCAAACCAGCUGUUCCUGUAUUCGCCGAUUGAAAGUAAGCAAAUGGAUAAGUCGUGGAUUUGGCUUCCAAGGUAUAACCUAAAAUCCCUCGAUCUCAUUUCUACUCGCCGAUUGAAAUAAAGCUAACUUCUUUUGUCUGAUUCUUGUAGGAAUAGCCACGAGUAUUCAGAAGGAGCAACUAAUUUUGUGAAUUCGUCCGCAAAAAGAUUGGGAAGUCUGUCUGAAAUGCUAUGCCCUUGUAGAGACUGCCGCAAUCUGAGCCAUCAGUCACUGGAUAAAAUUGUGGAGCAUUUGGUGAUUAGGGGUAUGGAUAAGAAGUAUAAGAGUUCUCGUUGGAGUAUUCAUGGAGAAAAAAGAGAUUCUGCAGAAGACAGUGUUCUUCAAUAUGAAACAGAGGCGUUUGAUUUGUUUAAGACAAUAUUCUCCAUGGACGAAGGUGGUCCAAACCCGACAACUGACAACGAAGACGAUGAAGCACCAGAGGAAAUUGAGUUUAAGAAAAAGCUCAGAGACGCUCAAACGCCAUUAUACUCGGAUUGUCUCAAGCACACAAAGGUUUCAGCUAUCAUGGGACUUUACAGAUUCAAGGUUAAAAGUGGUGUGUCGGAGAACUACUUUGAUCAGCUGUUGGUUUUACUUGAGGAUUUGCUACCUGAAGACAAUGUUCUUCCCAAGAGUUUAGCUGCAAUCAAAAAAUUUCUGAAGAUCUUUGGGUUCGGCUACGACAGUAUUCAUGCUUGCAAGAAUGAUUGCAUAUUGUAUAGGAAGGAGUAUGAGAACCUAGAAAGCUGUCCAAGAUGCAAAGUUUCAAGAUGGGAAAUGGAUAAGCACAGUAAUGAGUUAAAGGUGGGGAUUCCGGCAAAGGUCCUUAGAUAUUUUCCAAUCAAGGACAGGUUUAGGAGGAUGUUUAGAUCACAAAGGAUGGCUGAAGAUCUGCGUUGGCACUAUACCAAUGCCACUGAAGAUGGUACAAUGCGGCACCCUGUUGAUUCUAUCUCUUGGGCACAAGUGAAUGCUAAAUGGCCAGACUUUGCUGCUGAUCCACGGAAUCUUCGACUUGGGAUUUCUACAGAUGGGAUGAACCCUUUCUCCAUGCAAAGCACCAAUCACAGCACAUGGCCAGUGUUGUUAGUGAACUAUAACACGCCUCCAACCAUGUGUAUGAAGGCUGAGAAUAUAAUGCUGACUUUGUUGAUCCCUGGUCCUACUGCUCCUGGUAACAACAUUGAUGUUUACCUAGCACCACUGAUAGACGAUCUAAAGGAUUUGUGGGCUGAGGGUAUUGAAGUGUAUGACUCAUUUGCGAAGGAGAACUUUAAUCUCAGAGCCUUGCUGCUUUGGAGUAUCAGUGACUAUCCAGCCUUAGGAACACUGUCUGGAUGUAAAGUAAAGGGGAAACAAGCCUGCAAUGUAUGUGGAAAGGAUACACCUGCAAGGUGGCUUAAGUUUAGCCGCAAGUUUGUCUACAUGAGUAACAGAAGGAGACUACCGCCUGGCCAUCGUUACAGAUAUAAAAAAGCUUGGUUUGACAACACUGUGGAGGAAGGGAAUGCUAAUAGGAUACAAACAGGCGCUGAGAUAUAUGAGACACUACAAGCUUUUACGAAUGAUUUUGGUAGACCUCUAGAGAAGGAAAAAAAAAGGAAAAGACUAGAGUUGGAAGAUGAUGAGAGGUUACAAGAAGAAGAGUGUGAAGAAUCAAAUGAACUAUGGCGGUGGAAGAAGAGAUCAAUAUUCUUUGAUCUACCUUACUGGAAGGUAAACUAUAGUAACUGACCUAUAUUAUCUGAUUACUGGAAGAAGAGAUCAAUAUGUCUAACAGUUUCUUGUUUAAUGUGUUAGGAGUUGCCUGUUCGUCACAAUAUUGAUGUUAUGCACGUAGAAAAGAAUGUGUCCGAUGCUAUAUUGUCUCUGUUGAUGCAAAGUGCGAAGUCAAAAGAUGGGUUGAAAGCAAGAAAAGACUUAGAAGAUAUUGGAAUCAGAAAGCACUUGCACACAGAGGUGAGGGGAAAGAAAACAUACUUACCUCCUGCUGCCUACUGGUUAUCGAAGAGAGAGAAGACCAUUUUCUGCCAAAGGUUAGCUAAGUUUAGAGGCCCUGAUGGUUAUUGUGGUAAUAUUGCGAAUAGUGUUUCAGUUAACCCUCCAAAUAUUGGUAGUUUAAAGUCGCAUGAUCAUCAUGUCUUAGUACAGAACUUGUUACCAGCUGCAUUAAGAGGGUUGUUACAUAGGGGUCCUAGGAUAGCCAUAAAUAGAUUAUGCAGUUACUUCAACAGGUUGUGUCAGCGCAUCAUUGACCCAGAGAAACUUAUAUCCAUGGAGACAGAGUUUGUGGAGACAAUGUGUCAGCUGGAGCGCUUCUUCCCUCCAGCCCUUUUUGAUAUCAUGUUUCACCUUCCACUACAUUUAUCAAGAGAGGCACGGUUGGGAGGACCAGUUCACUUCCGAUGGAUGUAUCCCUUCGAAAGGUUUGAUCAACAUCUCUCUUCAAUAUAUCCACUUCCCACAAUGAUGUUUGACUAAUAUUCAUAUUUCCUGAGUUAUAGGUACAUGAAAACACUAAAGGCUUUUGUUAAGAAUUAUGCAAGGCCAGAAGCAUGUAUGGCUGAGGCGUAUUUAGCUGGAGAAUGUGUUGCAUUUUGUUUAGAGUUCCUUAAAGAAUCAGUACCAGUUCAAGAAGCAGUUAAUCGUAAUGAAGAUGUUGAGGCUGAUAGAAUGGUGGUUGAAGGCCGACCUCUGCAGAAGGGUAUAGAGGUUACCCUGUCAGAUAAAGAUAGAGACAUUGCACAUCGAUAUGUGCUAAUGAACAUGGCAUCUUUGGAUCCCUUUCUUGAGUAAGUAAUUCUCUAUGUUUCUUCUACUUGUUUUACUCAUAAUUUCAUUUUCAUAUACUGUUGUUUAAUUUAAAAUCAGGAUGCAUUUGGAAGAGUUGCAAGCUAAGGAUGCUCGAUUGGCUAAAAAUGAAACUUUGUUAUGGAAAAACCAUACUGAACACUUUACAGAAUGGCUUAAAAAUAAGGUUACAAACUCCAAAUUCUUUUCUUGAUUAUUAUUGUAAAUACUGGUUAGCUUGUUUGGUGAUGACUAGUUAGCUUGUAUCAUGAUGCCUGGUUUGUAUCUUGAAGAACAUGUCCAUAUUUUAGCGAAUUGAUGUCUGAGUAGCUUAUAGCUUGAUGAAACUGUCUGGAUUUUUAGUAUUUUUAUGACUGGUUAGCUUGUAGAUUGAUGAUUGGUUUCGUGGUACAUAUUAUCAUGUUUUGAUUAUAAUUUAAGUACCUCGGCUUGAUGAUAAUCCUCUGAUUUCCUGCGGCAGAUUCAUUUAGACUCAAAAGAUAGUCAUUCUAAGGAGAUAAGGUGGUUGGCAUUUGGACCAAGAAAUGUUGCUUUAGCACAUAAAGGAUUCAUCAUCAAUGGCCAACGGUUUCAUACUGAUGCGGUCAAGCUGAAGACACAAAACAGUGGAGUAACUUAUGAAGCCUUUAGCAUGUGUAGAUCAAGUGCAAGAGAUAUGAGACAGGUCGCGGAUAUGAUUACAUACUAUGGAGUGAUAAAGGAGAUUUUGGUCAUCGACUAUCACAUGUUCAAAGUGCCACUCUUUAGAUGCAACUGGGCAAACACAGCGAAUGGUGUGAAGGAAGAAGAUGGCUUCACUCUUGUUAACCUUCAUAUGAACCAAGCAGCCUAUUUGAAAGAUCCAUUCAUUCUACCUUCUCAAGCGAAACAGGUUUUCUACUCUAGGGAGGAUGAUGCUUCAAAUUGGUAUGUUGUUAUGAGAGCACCACCUAGAGGUUAUCAUGAGUUGGAAACAGAAGAGGAUUUAGGUGGUGCUCCUUUACCUGUCCAAGAAGUUGAUGAUAUGGGUGAUGAUAUGGAUGAUGAUAGUGUAUAUGUUAGGGAUGAUUGUGAAGGUUUAUUAGUGGUAGAUUGAUGAUAUGUUGUAUGCUUGUGUGAUGGUUUGUAUGAAUGUGAUAAUGUUGUGUUAUGGGAUUUGAAUAAUUAUAUUGAUUUUUGGAAUUUUAAUAAUUUAUAUUGUUUUUA